UAUAAAUUCUCACAUGAAAGCUCUGGGAACCAACCAUAACUCUCUCUCUCUCCAUUAUGGCUGUUUCUGCCACUACUCUGCUCUGUUUUUAGGUCACGGUAGAAGGGUUUCUUCUCCUCCAUUGAGUUCUCUUUGCUUCUUCAGUCAAUCUUUUAUCUUCCGUUGAGAGUUUAACCUAACCGAGGGGAAAGGCUGAAGAAGAAAUGUAUGCAGAGGCUGGGCUAAUGUUCUCUGAUUUUCACCACUUCUACUCUCAAGAAGUAAACCAGCUUGAAGGCUUCUCUCAUUCUCACCGAUCCAAUGUUCCAAUGGGAAAUCUUGUUCAGACCUCCACCAUAUCUGAGUAUGACUUGGGGGCCGAAGGGGAUCUAUUCAAAGCUCCAGAACCAAUCAUUGGGGAACCAGUUCUCAGCCUUGAUCCCAUAGCAGCUGCAAUUUCAAUGAUCUCCUGUGGGGAAGAUGUCAUAUCUCCACAAACACUGAAUGUUGCAGACAUUGAAUCAAUUCAAAACGAUCAGCUUCUGAGUGAGAUUUUCUAUGAAUGCAAGAAGGAUCUCUUGGCAAAAGAAGCUAUUGAAACAUCAUUGUCUGAUGCAUUGGAUAUCAAGACUCCUGUUAUAGGGACAGGUGAAAACCCUAAUGCAGGAGAAAAAUUGUUUGCUGAAGGUUAUUUCCAUAAGAGUGUUAGCUCAGGGUGUUUAGGCUCAAUGGAGUUGAGACAUGAGGCACCAAUGGGGCCAAAUUUUCUGGAUUUUCCUGGAAUGGACCUUGGUGCUGUUUAUGGGAUGCGAAGGGCAUUCAGUGAAGGCGACAUAAAGACUCUUGGUAGUGGCAAUGUGAGCGUCAUCCAUUCUCCAGUUGGGCUGCCACAAUCUUUUAACAGUUGCACCAGUGAAGACCGCUGGCAAAAGCUUUCCAGAUACAGGAACAAGAGAACAAAGAGGAACUUUGGCAGGAAAAUCAAGUAUGCGUGCAGGAAGGCGCUGGCUGAUAACCAGCCAAGGAUUCGGGGAAGGUUCGCAAAAACAGAAGAAUCUGACUGCUUGAAGAAGCAAUAGCCAGCAAGAAGCGAUGGGAUUGGCGGUUGUGAUGGAAUGAAUCAUUGGAAGUAGGUGAAAACAGGUUGUGUUCGGUGAAGAGAAGUCAUAUGAAUCCAGUGUAACACAACAUCCGUAAAGUAGUUCAUCUCUCUCUUGUAUUGUGUAAUAAAGGAUGGAGGUAAAAAUGUCCAGUUUAGGUUGUAUAUACUACUAGUGUUUGUGGAAUAAAAUGAAUCCUAAGAGUUGUUUGUUCA